AUUCCAACAAUAGGGGAACUGGAGCACCAAGAUUCCCUUAUCAAUGUUUCCUACGUGAAAUGGUUUAUUGGAAACAUUUGGACAUUUAUUAAGUGAAUAGCAUAUAAAAUUAAACUUACCGUUUUUUAAUUAGGAUUCAAUUUUGAAAGGAAUAGUUACAAACAGACCAAAAUGGGGGAAAAGGGAGGACGCACGGAUAUGGACCGUGUUGGUUUAUUUAGGGAGAUGGGAUACGUUACAAUAAAUGAUAAAUAUAAGGAACGUGGAGUCAAAUUCAAUGAAGCAGCUGAAAAGGGUAAACAGAUGUUAACAGAGGGCUCAAAAGAUAGGUCUGCUUUGCAGGCUGGGUACUUUCAGAAGGGAUAUACUAGGGUGUUUGAAGGAGAAUCCUAUACAGACCCUAUAAAAAUACGUCGACAAAAUCGGUUGAAAGAAAUGCAAAAGAACAUUGCAAAACCAUUUUUACCAAGCAGUGGAGAGAAAAAACAAUCUGGUCUAGGAAAUCAUUAUGGAACAUUAGGUGGACCAAUUGGUGCAUUUAGUCCUGCAUCAAGACCUGGCAAGGAAUACAAAUCUCCAGGCAAAAACUUCUCAACAAAUCCAGGGAAAAGGGGAACAGGAUUUGGGUAUCUCGGAGUAACUUUAGGGAAAUAUCCCAAUUACUUACAUGACCCAUUUGAUCAGCAUAAAGAAAUUGCCAGGAAAGAAUUACAACAACAUAAGAGUUCCAUAAAGGGAAGUGGUCCAUUUAAACUAAAUAUGCAUCCGAGAGCUUACUUUGAUGGCAACCCAUACACCUCUGACAAAUUUGGUCGCAGAGGUGGGUCUGCAACUGUGCCAACUAAGAAAGAUGAUUCCAAACCUUUCAAACCAAGCUCCCCUGGAAAGAUGCCUGCUGGUAUGAAAGCUGGAACAUUCGAUCCUUAUCCCUCACAUUCUGCUGAUCCGUACAAAGUCAAAGUUUCUCGCUCUGUCAAUAUUGUCAACAAAAGUGGGAAAACAUUUAUGCCUUCUCAGGGUCCGAAGAGUACACCAACUGUGUCUAUUGUCAACCAAAAUGUGCUCAAAUCAAUCAACAUUCAGAAUUACAGAUCAGUUUCAGCGAUUAUAUAAAGCCAUAAUCAUCGUAGUAUAGAUAUUUGGGAUGCAUGUCUAGAAACAAUAUAAACAACUUGUGGCACGAUUCCUUUCUUUUUUUACCUCUUCCAAUUUCCCAGUCAAACAAUAUCUCUGUAUGUGAAGCACAGAGUUAUGUAUUAAUUGAAAAGACAUUUAAUGUCAUAUUUUUAUAUUGUAUAUAAAAUAUUCAUGUCUAGAUUAUUUAUGCCUCUUGUGUGCAAAGACAAAACCUCAUCUUCUAUUGGUGUUUUUUUUUACUUCAAUAUUAUCUCUCUCAGUGUAUUAUAACAUUUUGUGUUAGGUUGAAUUUUUUUUUAAAAAAUGCAUAUCAGUCUAGCUGUUUUGUUGCAAUGGCCAAUACAUUAAUCAUUAUGUAUUGGCAAAACUCAUCAAGUUGAAGCUGUGAUAAAGAGUUAUAUUGCCCAUUAUAGGUUAUUAUAAAACUAGAUUUUUAAGUGUUCCUGUGAAAUCUGUGUAAAAUGUUUCUAUGUUGACAAAACCAUAUUUAUUUGCUUGGAUUUAGCAAGUUAUUCUUCUUCCUUGCAAAUAUAAAUUUGUGUUACAAUUUUUCUUUUGUUACGUUGCCUUAAUAAAAACUUGAACAUUAUCCCUCAAAACUGGUGCUGUGAUGGUGUUACAGUACUUAAAUAAAGGUCUUUCCAAGGGUUUCCCUCAAAAUUUGAAUGGCUAUAUACAUUUUGGUAACAAAAAAUCAUUUAGAAAUUAAUGGCUGUAGUGAAAUACAAGAUUUUCAAAUUAUUGACCAAGAUUUCCCUACAAUAUUAAAGGUUUACAAUAUACAGUUGCAGAACAUCAAAGUACAUGUAUAAUUAUGGAUAAAGAAACCCUGGAAAAGCCAUACAGUAUUUGCCUUAAAAACUAAAUGUGUUUGUUUACUACUAUGAUAAUAACAGACUACAUGUUUUUAAAUAUCAUUACUCUUAAGAUUUCUUUUUCAAUAUCAAUUCCUACGUUUGCCCCUUAACCUUUUUAUUUAUCAAUAUUUUCAACCAAAUUUAAUUCUAGUUCUGUUUUUUUUUUAUUUUUUGGUGAAUGCAAUAUAAAAUAUUACAAACCAUUACAUUAUUUGAAAAAAAAAUUCUGUUUUAUAAAAGUUCCCCAUACAAGUAGAUAUACUAUUAUCAUAAACAAUAAUUUGUCGCAUUUUAUGAAAAUGAAUUUGAAAGAUGUGCUGCAAAUGGUUGUAUUUGUUAAUUUUUCCACAUGAAAAAUAAAAUUUAUCUUUACGAAUA